GAAACACCCCUAAACCUGUGUCAGGGAAAAAGGGAGGAAACGUCACACUGACAUGUAAAUUUGGGGACAAUAAGACUUUUUAUAUUGAGUUAUUCAGUCUGUCAGAACAUAUUGAUGUGUGUCAGACUGAAGAAUGUAGUGGACGAGCAUUUAAAGAAGGAAACUGUUCAGUCGUCAUUAAGGAUCUGAGAUUUAGUGACGCUGGAAAAUAUAUUUUGAGAGUCCAUUACAAUAAUGAUCAGACAGAGCUGAAGCGACAAAAGGAGUGGACGUACCAACUUCAUAUUCAUGAUGAGAUUACUGUGAAAACAGGCAAGCCGCUAAAGUUGCAUGUUCUGUUGUCUAAUGCUGAUAAAGUGGAGAAAAACUCUAGUGGAGAGUGGAGGGAGGUUUGGAACAGAACUGAUGGGGUUCAGAGCGAUCGAAUGAAUGACACUAAUGGAACCCUGAGCAUUAAAGCGUUUACAGCCAGUGAUGCUGGAACAUACAGAGUUCUGGAUUCAGAAGAAAAAACACUGAUCACAGUGACAGUCACAAUCACUGAAUCAGGUACAGAAUCAAAGGACAAACUGGACGACACAGAUAAAGGCAAAACUAACGGCACUGAACAACAGAAGAAUUUGAUUGUGCCAGUUGUAGUGUGUUUGGUGAUUCUGGUGGUUCUGAUUGUGAUUUCUGUCAUCAUAUGGCGACGUCAGCACAGAGAUCACAUACAGGUUCCAGUACAGGAGAAUACAGAGCCCCCACAGGAACUGGAGGAACUAUAAUGAUCUUCACUGAACGUGACUCAACUGCACAGGAGCCCUGAACACGUGAUACAAAUUACAACAUUACUUAUGUAAUUUGCAUUCA